AUGUCAAGACAUGACGACACUCGAGCGUCAUGGAGUGGAGAGAACGAUGAGUUUCUUGUCAAGCCCAAGGCACGAGGGGAAACGCUCGGACUCAGGUUUCAAGAAGGAAGCCUGUUCGAUGGAUCGUACGCUGAUGGCAGAUAUUCAACGGUGCCACCAGGUAUUGCCUCUCUGACACCGAAGAGCAACGUCGAGACCCCUGCUGAACGAGCUGGUUUUUUCACGCGAAAACUUCUCGAAGGUGGUUCCUCCGGCGAUUACGAUGCAUCGGACAGCUCGGAAGACAUUCUACCCCCACCCAAGGAGAUAAAGAAGCAGAUGUCCAAGCGAGACCGUCGCAGCGCGGGUGCUGAAACUGGCGACGUGAUUUCGAAGUUGGUCGACGUUGACCGUCGAAGGUGA